AUGUUUGGUGGUGCUCAUACUAUUGGUUUUGACAAUAGGGACUGUUAUAAUCAUUUAAGGAACGUGAGGCACAAAGAUUUAGAAUAUGGAGAUGCACAAUCAGUCCUCAAUUACUUUAGAAAAAAGCAAGCAGAAAAUCCACAGUUCUUUUAUGCUAUCCAGUGUGAUGAAGAUGGUAGAGCUACUAAUUUUUUCUGGGUGGAUUCUAGAUCAAGGACGGCGUACCAGUAUUUUGGGGAUGUAGUGACAUUUGAUACAACAUAUCGGACAAACAAGUAUGACAUGCCAUUUGCGCCAUUUACUGGAUUAAAUCAUCACUUCCAAUCCAUACAAUUUGGAUGUGCUCUUUUACAAGAUGAGACAGAGUCGACAUUUCUAUGGUUAUUUGAGACAUGGCUUGAAGCUAUGGGAGGUCGACAUCCCUUAUGUAUUAUCACUGACCAAGAUUUGGCAAUGAAAGGAGCAAUUGCUAAGAUUUUUCCAACUGCUAGUCACCGCCUUUGCAUUUGGCAUAUAAUGAAGAAGUUUGGUGAAAAGUUGUCACAUGUAUAUUAUAAAAAGUCCAACUUCAAGACUGGCAUGAAAAAGUGUAUAUGGGCAACAUACAUGGUAGAGGAUUUUGAAGAGCAAUGGAAAAAGUUGAUUAAGGAGCAUGAAUUGGGACAAAAUGAGUGGCUAUAA